AUGGCGCCAGCGAGGGGAUCAAGCCUGGAGCUUUGCUCGAAUACUAUUGCCCUCGGCAAUGGAAUCGCAGUUCACACACUCGAGUAUCUCAGCAUUGCCAAGCAUCCACGCCAUGGAAUCAAGGAGUGUGCCAUUGAGUUUCUCGGUAUCAGCCGCGCUCUCUUUUCAGCACGCGCUGGGCUCUCUCGCACGACAAUCACAUUGCCCGGUGACAUCGAACAAGAACUCAAGGCGCGACUACUUCAGACCAAGACUGCUUUUGUUGUACUCGAUCAGGUGGUCAACAGGCUUGUGGCUGGUGAGAAAAGCUCUGGGUUAGGCAGACUAGGAAAGGGUCUCCUCUCCAUGUUCUCCGAUAAUGAUCUGGACAAGUUGAGAACAACACUGGCAUCUACUCGAGCAGCCCUUAGCGUGAGCGCAAUGAUGUUCGGGUCUACGAUUGUUGAGAGCAAGUAUGAUUCCGAUAGGGGAAUAGGACUUACGGCUCUUGCUGCUAUACUGCAGAUUCCCGAUCCGACCAAAGGAGGAACAGCUUUGCAGACAAUAGAAGAAAGUACCAGGGCAAAUUUGCCGCCCAGGACUGGACCUCCCCCCUCCAAGGCUGGACCUUUCCCUCCUACGCCUGCUUUCGCCGCCGGAUCAAAUCUUUAUGCACCGCGUGUAUCGUCUCGUCGGGACAUGAAUCUCGCAAGCCCUGCUAGCGCCUCUGAGGCCUCUGAUGGUACGUUCGAGCGCCGUCAAACGCCCGCAAGCUCGUCUGCCAAAUCACUCACGACCUCGCAAAGUCGGAGUGAUCGUAGCAGUAUCGCCAUUGAUUCAAUCUCGGAUUUUACAGACAUCACCUCUAUCCUGAACAUGCAUCCACAAAUGGACGGGCCCAACAGCCACGCCAACAGCAUCGAGCAAGUUCCGAAGCAAGCUACGCGCAUGCAAGUGGACCCAUCGAAGGCAUCCCGCUGGACACCCAAGCAUGUCGGUUAUGUUCCGGACUCUUCAAACAUCGCUCUCGCCAGUGCUGUCCAGCAUAGAGACCAAAAAAUGGUAGAGCAGCUGCUGGACUGUGGUCUUUCCCCUCAAACCAAAUUUCUUGGAGUAGCAAUUGCGAACCAUGAUCUGCAGACUCUUCAACUUCUACUGGCAUUCGGCGCUGCGCCUACAGCCAAGGAUGUCGACGGGAAUACACUACUGCACAUAGCUACCAAGCAUUCCUUCUAUGAAGCAGCGCAGUUGCUCAUAAAGUAUGGAGCGCAACCAAAUGCUUCUGGUGGACCCAAUGGCGAGACGCCCCUGUCAAUGUGCUCCACCGGAAAUCGUUUCAACUUUGCAAUGCUGUAUCUGCAAUAUGGCGCUGACUGCAACGCUCCGCAAACAAACGGCGAAACACCGUUCACGCAAGCGAUGAAYCUGACAACUUCACUGCAGCUGGUCCAAGCUAUGCUCGUAUACGGUGCUGAUGUCAAUCUCAAGAAUGAACAUGGCGAAACUCCGCUCUUCAAGGCACUCAAUGCGAAACGACAAGACCUCUUUACGUUACUUCUCGAUUCAGGAGCAGAUGCCAACAUGCCCGGUCCCAAGAUCUUGCUGUGGCCAGCUGUACAUCUCAAUCAGCUUCAGAUGCUCGAGACAUUGCUCGAGCGCGGGGCGGACCUUCGCCGCGCUCCAGGGCUUCUAGAGCUCGCAACGUCGAGCAACCAUCGGCCAAUCAUCGACCUCCUGCUGAAGCGUGGUGCAGAUGUCAACUCCAAGAAAGAUGGCAUCUACACGCCGCUUUGCUCUGCAAUUCGUGACAACAGAGAGGAUCUUGUAGAUAUGCUUCUCGCUAGCGGUGCUGAUCCAAACCUUGCAGCAUUAGAGUAUCCCUUGUUCAAAUGCGUGUCGUAUCAUCGCACAUAUCUGAUGCCAAAGCUUUUAGACGCCGGAGCUAGUCCUCACGAGCCGAGAGGAAUCGUUGAGCACGCAGUUGCAAAGAACGACAAAGAUGCUUUGAUCUUUCUGCUUAAUCACAACUGCGAUCCGAAUGCUCGCAGCGAGAAGAACCAUACGGCAUUGACGACUGCUAUUUGCGAGAACAGAACCGAGAUGAUUGACAUCCUUCUUGCACAUGGAGCUGAUCCGGCUGUCCGAGGUCAGGAGUGGCCUAUGACCCUGGCUGUUCAUAACCCGGACAUUCUGGCGAAAAUACUCCCGUACAUUCCCGAGGAGAAGAUUAAUAAUGGUGCCAUCGAGACAGCUGUCGUCGCCGACAAAUUGGACAGUGUGAAACUAUUGCUUGCCAAGGGCAAGGACAUCGAGGGCAGAACCGGAGGAGUAUUUUCACCUCUUACCACUUCUAUCCGCGAGAACAGAAAGUCGAUCUUCAUGUACCUGUGUGAGGCUGGAGCAGACGUUAAUUCUCCAGGAGAGCAUCUACCUAUCAUUAAAGCUAUUCGCCGUCAUCGAGAGGACGACAUGAGCUACAUCGAACACCUGCUUGAGAGGGGCGCAGACAUAAAUUUGAUGUAUCGCGGUUGGAACGCAGUUCUACAAGCUCUAGACAACGGUGACAUGCAAACCCUGCGUCUCCUGGCCGCCAGAGGUCAUCCUGACCUGACCGCGAGAGAUGAACAUGGUCGUAGCGUUGAGGAGCUGAUGCUCGACAGAGGAAUGGAGCAGGAAAUUCAAAUUCUGCUAGGAGGAAGGUCUGAGAAGAAAGAUGAUCUAGGGACUUCGCAGUGGCAACCAUGGAUUCUGGAGGCUCCGAAAGGCUGGCAGGCACCUCAAGGGGAAUCCGUUGAAGACGAUGAUGUGUCAUUUUCCACGUUCUCUAUUAGUCGUCCAACGUCUGUUGCUCGCCGGUCACGGGUGCCCUCAAGUAUAUGUCUGAGUCGGAAUGACAAUGGGUGCUGGUGA